CAUCCGCCCAGCGACCCUUUGAGCACCGGCCCCGGCAACCUGCAGGGGGCGUCGGCUCCAGCCCAUAAAGGCUCCGCGCCCUUUGCCGCUCGAAGAAAAGAAAAGAAGGGGCGGGGUCUGGCGGGUGUGAGCUCAGCCAGGCAGCACGCGGGCGGCAGGGCCCCGGUCAGCGUGCGGCGUGGACCGGCGGGAGCGAGUGCGAGCGGCUGCUUCGGGGGCCCACUGCGGCAGCAGGAACGGGAGCGAUGUUGCUGGCGGCGCGGGCCGAGUACCUCGCGCCCUGGUGGACAUCCUGGCUGCACGGGCUCCCCCAUUUGAGUCUGAGCCUGCAACCCGUGCCCAGCGCCUUCCGCCCGAGGGACAACGACUACCAGCAGUCCUUGAUCCUCUUGGCCCUGACUGGAGUUCUCUUCUUGGGUCUCAACCUGGUUUUCCUUGGGAUCUAUCUCAUCUGCCUGUCUUGCUGCAAGAGGGAGGAGGAGUCGGAGACUAAGAAGCCCAAUUCUUGUUGCAUCACUUGGACUGCUGUGAUAGCCGCUCUCAUCUGCUGUGCGGGCGUUGGCAUUGGGUUUUAUGGCAACAGUGAAACCAACGAUGGGAUUUAUCAGCUGAUCUACGCCCUUGAUAAUGCUAAUCACACCCUUUCAGGGGUUGAUUCACUGGUCUCAGGCACAACUACACAGAUGAAAAUAGUUCUGGAGCAGCACUUGGCCCGCCUGAAUGAGAUCUUUGCAACCCACAGUGAAUAUGUGCAAACACUCAAAUUCAUGCAGCAGAUGGCAGACAAUAUUGUGCUGCAACUGUCAGGGCUCCCUGUCUGGGGUGACGUCACUGUAGACUUGUCCAUGAUUGCCAGUGAAGUCAGCUAUGUAGAAUAUUACAGAUGGCUCUCUUACCUCUUGCUGUUCAUUCUAGACUUGGUGAUCUGCCUUAUUGCCUGCCUGGGGCUUGCUAAACACUCCAGAUGUCUGCUUAUUACGAUGCUGUGCUGUGGGCUUUUCACACUUUGUCUCAGCUGGGCUUCCUUUGCAGCAGAUGUUUCAGCAGCAGUGGGUACCAGUGACUUUUGUGUGUCCCCAGAUAAGUUCAUUGUGAAUAUGACGAAAAGUGACUUCAGUGCAGAAAUCGCACAAUAUUAUCUGUAUUGUAGACAAAAUCUGGCCAACCCCUUUCAACAGGCCCUGACUAUUUACCAGCGUUCUCUCACAACUUUGCAGAUCCAGAUUCAGGGCCUUGUGCAGUUUGCAGUGCCUUUUUUCCCUACAGCCAAAAAAGACCUGCUUGAUGUACAGAAGUUACUGAACUACUCUGAAAUCAAUCUCCACCAGCUGACCGCCAUGUUGGACUGCAGGGGCCUUCACAAGGAUUACCUGGAUGCCUUGAUUGGGAUCUGCUAUGAUGGGGUGGAAGGCUUGCUCUACCUCACCCUCUUCUCUCUGUUGGCUGCUGUAUCCUUCUCCACCAUCAUAUGUGCCAUGCCUCGAGCCUGGAAGCAUUUAGCUAGCAGGGAUCGGGAUUAUGACGACAUAGAUGAAGAAGACCCCUUCAACCCACAGGCCCGACGUAUUGCUGCCCACAAUCCCACCCGUGGGCAACUCCAUAGUUUCUGUAGCUACAGUAGCAGCCUGGGCAGUCAGACAAGCCUUCAGCCUCCUGCCCAGACCAUCUCCAAUGCACCGGUGUCUGAGUACAUGAACCAAGCUGUGCUCUUUGGUGGGAAUCCACGGUAUGAAAACGUCCCCCUGAUUGGAAGAGGAUCACCUCCCCCCACGUAUUCUCCAAGUAUGCGAGCCACCUACCUUUCGGUUAAUGAUGAUUACCGGAGACAGCCUAGCAACGAAUUUCCAGCCUAGCACUCAAAUUGUAGAGAAGAACCCACCCACGAUGCUAUAGUGAAACCCAAAGUAACUGAAGGCACAUGGACUGCUGGGAAUGAGAUUGCCUCCCUAGGAAAAUGGUCAGGUGUUCAAAGAUAUUCAAAACAGAAAUCAAUCAGCUGAAGAAAAUUCCUGCUGGUGAUCCAGAUACUUUUCAAGGAUUGUCCUGUGAGCUUGACUGGCAGCUUUUCUUCUUCCAAUAUUAAGUCUUCCUCUGUUGCAGGCAGAGUGGUACCCAGGGCCUCCAUCCAAAGAGCUAACUGGCCAGAAGUUUUCUCCUUGAUUUCCUGCCACUAGUGCAUUGUCUUCCCUAACCUUUGUUGUUAUUUUAUUGGGGAAGCAGGGAGUUGUGAAAUUAGGAUUUGGCCUGUCAUAGAUUUGCAGUUAGGCUAUGAGCUCCUGUUUCCUUUUCCUCUGCACCAACUUUGGGGCAAUUUUGUCUGUUGAUGGGGUGAUUCAGUCUUCCUUUUUAUUUUAUUAGGGCAGAUAAUAAGACCAGUACACUGUAUAAGUAAAGUGAACACUGACACAUGGUGUACAAUGAUAACCUCAGAAAAAUGGGGAAGGGGCUUGCCAUGAAAGAAGAUGCUCUCCACUUCUGAAUCACAUGCAAUACUGAUAAGAAGAGUGAAUUUUUGGUGUCCUCUGAAGAGGCCUCUGCACAGAACCUGUUGUUGUCUUGGCACUAUAUCAUCCAUCAUUCCUUUUGAUAGAACCUGUUUGGUAUUUUAUGAUACAAAAUCCAUGCACAGUGUUCCCACUGGUCAUUCACUCCUUUGCACCAAGAACUGACAUGAACUUCACCAACUCUUGUUAUGGUGGCCUCAGGUAUUAUUUAGAACAAACAACUUUUUUGUUCUAUUAUGUACUUUUUUUUUUUUUGGUUUGUCUAUUUCUUAGUCUCUGUUUUAUAUCAGCUAUCCAAAAGACAUAAUUGUGUGUGUGUGUGUGUGUGUGUUUAUAGGUUUCUGUUAUUAAGGAUUAUAUCUUUUUUAUGUACUUUGCAAGCCAACUUCUGUUUUUUGCACUGAUUUUUUUUUCUCAAAAGGGGGAAUGAAGGCAAAAGCAAAAUUAACUUUCCAAGAUAGUAUAUUUGUAUGGCAAGCACAUAUUCAAGAAUACAUUUUUCUUACUAUGUUAGGUAAUCAAAAAUACCAGGGAACAUUGGAUUGGACUGGAUUGGCUAUGCUAAUAUGCUGGUAAAGUUGAAAAGGUGGCAGUACAGUUUCUCCUGAGUAAUGCCUUGCUUUCUCCAUCCACGAGAGGACUGUAGUAACAGUAAAUUAGGAACUGUUCAUCACUGCCAUGUUUACUUGCACAACUUUGGCUCUUGGCACAGACAGCAGGGUCAGUCCUACCAUUGGGCAGAGUGAGGCAAGUUUCGGGUUCCCCAAAUCAAGAGCAAGUCUCCAGUCCCCAACUUCACACAGCUUGACUGGACCACUAGGCCUGAACUCAGACUAAGCAGUCAGUUGCCCUCUCUCACUGUGAGGGUAUGGUUUCCUUCUUAUAGCCAUUGCAGUUUAAACCCACUGCUAUUCUUUCUGCUUUUCACCCUGCACUUCGUGGCCUUGAAGUAGAACAGUGGUUGACAUAACUGAGACAUCUGCCCUGAGAACUGCUGGCUCUCAUUUUAUCUUAGCCAUUGGGAGAUGAGCGAUGACAAAGUGUUGGAGGAUAAAACUCUACCAUGCAGCCUGUCCUUUGUCUCAUCAGCCAUGUCCGAUUACCAGUGUUAAGAUUCCUGUUCUAGUCCAGUUGUCAUCUGUAUGAGCAAUCGCAGGCAGGAGGUAAUGUCAUGUCUUUCCCUCAGGUAGCAAAGAUCUUGUGCGCUUUUCUGAACCAGAAUCUGAUUCUUGUCAUCUACUACUGGAGAGUAGAAGUAAAGGAAAUAACUUUUUGACAGUAGGGAGUCCUAGGAGACGAGAGGUAUUGAAGGAAGAGAAUCAAAGUACAGUAUGUCACAUUGCAUCAAAGCCUCUUACAGGUCUGAUUUCAGCUUUUGUCAAAAGCAACUCCUUUUACAGUUAACAAGUUACAUUUUCUUAGGUUAUGCUAAAUUUUCCCAAAUGAGUUACCUUACCUUUUUAUACUUCGGCAUAGUUAGAAGUGAAAGCAUUCUCUUGGAAGCAUAACCAGGUGGGUCUCCCCAGCUAAGUUCAAAGAACUCAGAAUAUCUUCACAGGCUGCUGAAGAUGCAUCUUUCCAAGUGGUAUCAACUUGGGGUUGAAUGCACCUCAUUCAGAAUUGUCUCUGACAACUGCUAUAGAAAGGAUAAUAACACUGCUAAAAACUGCAAAAGUAGAGAGUUGCCCUCCAAAAUGCAUAAUGUGACAUGAAGAUUUUUAAUUACUUGACAGCAAUUACUUACUGUGUCUUUUUAUCAAGGAUAAUUGUACCUAUCAUGUAUGAAAAUAGAAUUUAUACAUUCAUCUUAUGUGUGACUAGCUACAUCUUUAAGGCAGAGAGGGAGGAGAAUCUUGAUUUUAUGCUAUAGAUCAUGUUAUUGAUAACAAUACAAUUAAAAUUGUUUUUUUUAAAAAACAAAAAUGCAUGUGAAUUAACUAUCACAAGCUACUUCAGAGCUGUGCCUGAUUUAUA